CGUCCUGGAAGUGAAGCAGGUUACGGUAGCGAACUUGGCGGCGGAGCAGGUAGUGGUCGUAAUUCCAGGGCGGACGCUUUGAGCCCGACUGGAAUAGAUCCUCUUGGAAAGACAGAUCCUUAUGGGAAGGGGCCAGUUGGUCCUUAUGGUGGAACAGGUCUCCCCAGUGGAUAUGGAUCACCUGGAUUGCACGGAAGCGGCAUACCUGGAGGGGGAGGUUAUGGCGGCAGUCCGGUUGCGCCUGGACACGGAGCAGGAGCAGAUAACGGCAGCGGCUACCCCGGUGAACCAGGAGGUGGCCGACAUGGGGCAGGAGUUGGCUCACCUCGCGGUCACCCGCACUCUACCUUGGACUCUCACCCAUAUGGAUCCAAUGGAAUUCUCGGACCAGGCAACGAUGGACGAAUGAGUGCUGCUUCAUCAAUGUUCUCCGACCCGUCGUACCGUUUUGACACCAAAACUGGAUAUUUGAUAACGAAUCCACGCGAACUCAUCCAUCAGUAUGCCACAACGACGCCUGUGGCUGUGAUGGAAGCUACUGACCACACACCUGUAACCACUACGAUUUCAAAGCACAGCACGUACAGAAAAACGGAAGAGACCACAGAGGAACGGUUCUCACCUUACGCACCCUACAAAACUGUGCGCAACGUUCAAUCGCCGACUAAGUUCACACAACAACUAAGAGACGAAACUAUGACCCGCACUCAGCGUGAGGCUAACACUCAUGCAGAUCCACUCAAUCAACGUGAUUCUCAGGCUCAGCAAAAGAUCAACGAAAUUCGCUCGAAAACGCACAACAUCAGACGUGGCCACGAUGAAAUCGAUGACCUUACACAACAACUGCUGCAAGGUCUGAAUACGUCUUCACGAAUUUAA